AUGGUGUACGGAUUGGUCCUCAUGUUACUCGCACUUUACAGAGCCGCGGAAUACUGGAAAAUGUCAAGUGGAUUCAGAGGCUUCAAGCUCGUCAAGGUUCUUAUCCGCGAUCAGAUAAUAUACUUCCUUCUAGCAAUAAUGUGUUGUGUUUUCAAUAUUCUGAACUUUAAGGUGCCUGUCAACAACGAUGUUCUAGAAAUGUUCCUUCAGCAAGCUGGGAACCCGUCAUUCUUAUGCAUCCUGGGGAGUCGACUGCUCUUCAACUUGAAGGAAGCAGGAAAGCUGGGCGUAAACGAAGGCACGAACUACCGGACAACAUCUAUGAGUACUAUCGAAUUUGAUCAACCGGCCAGGAGUGAAGGUAGAUUCAUCUUUUUGUUCUUGACGAGUUACGAGUUAAAUGUAGAAAUAGGGGCUUCUACCAGUGAUGCUGGAGCCAUUACGGAAGACAGUGGCUCUACGAGAUUCGUGCCGCAGGAUUCCUCUGUCUGA